ACGUCGGCUAUGACAGUGACGUCAUCCGUCACGCCUUCUCCGCCGACUGAAAACAUCAGUGUCAGACGUUAGCGCUCCGAAGACACAAAAACAACCUUUUUAUAAACCCGAUUCUUCCUCCAGGGACUCGGAUCAGCCGGUCGGAGGGGUUCCAACAUGGUCUGCGGAGGAUUCACCUGCUCUAAAAACGCGCUCUGCUCCCUGAAUGUGGUUUAUAUGCUCGUCGGGCUGUUGCUUAUAGGCGUAGCAGCAUGGGGGAAGGGGUUCGGCUUGGUGUCCAGCAUCCACAUCAUCGGCGGGGUCAUCGCGGUGGGCGUGUUCCUGCUGCUCAUCGCCAUCGUGGGUCUCAUUGGAGCGAUGCACCACCACCAAGUCAUGCUGUUCUUCUACAUGGUCAUUCUUUUCAUCGUGUUCCUGUUCCAAUUUGGAGUUUCCUGUUCCUGUUUGGCGAUGAACCGUGGGCAGCAGGAGGCUCUUCUGAACUCAACCUGGGGAAUGUUGGAGAAUAAGACCAAGACAGACCUGGAGAGUCAGCUGAAUUGUUGUGGCCUGCUCAACGUCACCGGCAGCCGGGCACAGUUUGACCUGGACGUGCAAAACUGCCCUGCUUUGUGCAAACAGAAAAAUUCCUGCUACACCUGCGGGCUCAAGAUGUUGGAUCAUGCAACUGAGGCCCUGAAGAUCCUCGGGGGCGUCGGACUCUUCUUCAGCUUCACGGAGAUCCUGGGGGUGUGGCUGGCUGUGCGCUACAGGAACCAGAAGGAUCCACGAGCGAACCCAAGUGCUUUCCUAUAGUGUGUGUCGUCGUCCGCCCUCUCCUCCAUCGCACGCAGAGCAGCGCCGUAGAAGCCCUUUUCAAACACACUGGUACACAUAGAAUCACGCACAUCUAGAGGCAUACAACACAACAACACAGAACGGACGAGCGCACGCAGCACCUGAUUAACACAGGAAAACAAAACACACACCUUCACCUGAGACUUGAGAAGCUCCAUCGACCUGUCCAGAAGUGAUCGCCAGAGCUGAAGCUGGAAGACUGGAUACUUAUGUAUGAAAGGAAAAACCUUUAAAAUACCAAGAAGUGCGGCUUGUUGGUAUGUUGACCCGGCCUUGAUUUGAGUACCAGAUUCCCUGCUAGUUCCCCCCACCAUGUAACGAGCGAUGAGACAUCUCUGCAUGUGUCCCGCGCCUGCACAGACAAACAGCCUCUUUGUUGAUUUCAUUCCACACGCCAACUAAAUGACUGUGCCGUGUCCAACUAAUAACGUGUAUGCACCUUGAAAUUUUUCCUCUCGUCUCUAUUGUAGUGCCACAAAUAUACUCCUCUGGUCAGUGCUAUCAGUGAUGUGUAGAGCUGUGUACCCAAACAUGUCCAGUUUGAGUCAGCAGAGAGGAGGAGGAGGAGAAGAGAUACUGGACAUGUGGUGUAAAGUAGUUUUUGAACUGUAUGUAAAUGGUUUUUUUCACAUGCCACAAAAAAAGCAGGAUUAGGAACCAAGAAGAAUAGAUACUAGGUAAUGUCUUUGCUUGUUGUUUGGGUUCAAAUAUUUAUGAACUGUAUCUGAGCCAACUAACUUUUUAACAGUCUGAGAUAUUAGGAUGCCAGUGGACUGCAGCCUCGAUGUUGUACAUAAUCUUUUGGAGAUCCUUCUCGAUGGGUUUGUCAAGUAGUCGCCCCUCUAGCGGGGAGGUUUGCCUGCACAAUAAUCCACCCUUCCUGUAUUUAAUAUGUUCCUUUGUGUCACACAGUGAUGUUGCUAGAGUAGGAUCUGGUUGUAGAGAAGUGGAUUCAGGUACGUCGUCAUUACCUCCUGUGUAACUGGAAAAAAAAAAAUCACAGAGUAAUCAGUUUUUAAAAAAUGAUCGGGUAAAUUUGGCCAAAACUGCUCAUUGCAAACCCAGUUUUGUUGAAAUAGUGUUAUUUGUGAAAAGUUUUCUUUGUUGAAAUGAUUUUCCUUCUUUUUUUUAAAGAAUAUUGUGUAAUUAUUUUGUUCUCUGUUGCCAUUCGCUCUCUCUUUUGGUUCAUCAGUGUUAAAGAAGCUUUGUAAAAAGGUGUUAAAUAUUUUCAGGAUCUAUUUAAGUUAAGUUUGAUGAUGCACAUUUUUAGGCUGAAGUUAUGUUGUAGUUCUGAUGAUAUGACUCCGACGCCUCACUCGAUGUUUGACAGUUCCUGUUGAUAAAUCACUGCUUAUUAAUUCUGUGUUUUCUCCUCUUAGGAUUGCUUUGAACUUAAAGGACUAACACUUACUGUAAUUUCAUGUCUUACUUGAACCUGUCGACUGUUGGCUGAUGUGGAUUUCCUGCUGCUGGUUUGGAGUUCUCGCUGGUGUAAAACGAACAAGUUGAGAGAUCUUAAGCAUAAUUAUGCCAUAUAUUAUUACACCUCACUUCUUUGAAUUUGUGUGCACUUGUUAUUCCAAUGUAUCUUGAAUUUUUGAGACUUAAUUUUCCAAAUAAUAAAACCUCAAAUCGGA